GUGAAACAUUAAUCCCAUUCUAUACAGGCAGAGCCAUUGACAUCCUUGGAAAUCAUUACCAACAAAGUGAAUUCCUUACAAGUCUACUCUUCAUGGUCCUUUAUUCAAUAGGAAGUGCUGUAGGUGCUGGCUGCAGAGGGGGCCUUUUAGGUUGUGCCAUUGAUUCCUGCACACGCAGAAUCAAACUUAAACUGUUUAAGGUUUUGACAAAACAAGAAAUAGGAUUCUUUGAGACUACAAAGACAGGUGAAAUAAUAUCUAGAUUGUCAAAGGAUACCACACUGAUGGGAGAAACGGUGGGUCUAAAUGUCAAUGUGCUGCUGAGGACAUUCAUGAAGACGAUGGGGAUGAUUUUCUUAAUGAUGAGCCUGUCUUGGAAGCUCACAUUACUUGUGUUGAUGGAAACCCCUAUAACAGGCCUUAUUCAAAACAUCUACGACACACAUUACCAGAGGUUAUCCAGAGCAUUGCAGGACUCAAUGGCUCAUGCUACUGAUGCUGUGAAUGAAGUUGUGUUUUCUAUUCGUCUGGUACGAAGUUUCCGCACAGAACAGCAUGAGACAAGUCGCUAUGAAAAACACUUAAAGGAAAUACAUACUCUCAAGACCCAGAGGGAUACAGUGAGGGCUGUUUAUUUGCUUGCAAGGAGGUUGACAGAUUUAGGUAUGAAAGUUUUCAUCUUAUAUUAUGGCCGACUUUUCAUCCAGAGAGGCCAGAUGACCACCGGACAACUGGUUUCUUUUAUCAUCUACCAGUAUGACCUUGGAGAGAACAUUGGGACACUUGCCUUUGUUUUUGGUGACAUGAUGAACUCAGUUGUAGCUGCUGGGAAAGUGUUUGAGUACAUGGACCGAAAACCUCUGGUCAACACAGAUGGAAAACUAAAACCUGAUCAGCUGAAAGGAAAGAUCAGUUAUUGCAAUCUCAGUUUUGCCUAUCCUUCAAACCUAGGCAAAUCUGUGUUACAGGACUUUAACUUGGAGUUGAAGCCAGGUCAGGUGACGGCUCUGGUUGGUCCAUCUGGAGAAGGAAAAAGCACCUGUGUGAGUCUCCUGCAGAGAUUAUAUGAGCCUCAGGAAGGAGAGAUCCUUUUGGAUGGAGAACCACUGAAAUCCUACGACCAUCAUUUCUUCCACAGGAAGAUUGCAGUGGUGAGCCAGGAGCCCGUCCUCUUCUCUGGAUCCAUCAGAGAUAACAUCACCUACGGACUGACUGACUGCUCACAGGAGAGGAUUGAGGAAGCAGCACGGAAAGCCAACGCCCAUGACUUCAUUAAAACACUGGAGAAAGGCUACGACACAGAGGUAGGAGAGAGUGGAGGCCAGUUAUCCAAGAGUGAGAGGCAGAGGAUUGGGAUCGCUCGAGCUCUGGUCAGAGAUCCGAAGGUCGUCAUUCUGGACGAAAUAACCAGCUCCUUGGAUGCUGAGAGUGAAAACAAGGUUCUUCAGGCGCUUGCAAGCUGCCCGAACCAGACCCUGCUGGUGAUCGCUCACAGGCUGAAGACCAUCGAGAAGGCAGAUCAGAUUGUUGUGGUCAGAGGAGGUCAGGUUGAGGAGAAGGGGACUCACCAGGAGCUGAUGGAUCUGCAGGGGAGCUACCAUAAACUGAGGAAUGAGCUGUUUGAGGAUGUUGACUCACUACAGUGAACUACUGAAAGC